AUAGUCAAAAACAAACAAAAGAAUUUUCUUUUUAUCAAUCUUGAAAUUGUAGUGCCGUGCAGAAGCUUGCUCCGUGGAUUUGUUUUUAGCUCGAAUUUGCACCGCAUACUAGGAAAAUGAACGGAUCGCCCAACAAGCCCGCACCGACGGUGCUCUACAUCAGCAAUCUUCACGAAUCGACCGGGUUCCACGAUCUGACCCGCGAAUUUUCUCGAUUCGGCGCGGUCCGUUCAUCGAUGAUCACGCAGACCCUGACCAAAACGGGAACAAAAAAGCUCGAGAACGGCACCGUGGCGUUCUUCGAUCCGGCAGCGGCGGCCAGAGCCCAGGCCGCGAUGGACGGGUUCGUGUUCCGCGGAAAGCCGAUGAUUGUCAGCUUCGAGGAACCGCCCCGCAGGUUCUAGGUGUUCUAGGUCCGCGACAAAGUGGGCAACUUAGGUUUUCUGGAGAACAGGUGAAAUCGCAGUUUUUU